CUUUUGGGACUGUCGCUUGAUAACCGCCACCGCGGGCUUGGAACUCCCCGAGAGUUCUUCCUUAACAGCAGUCCCUCUUUUUUUAGUUGAAGGCUGAAGCUCGAGGAACUCACCAGUUGCCUGAAAUUGGGACGGGAUUUUCCAAACUUCCUUCGGAAAAAAACUCUAAAGGCUGAGGAGAGUGAAUUGUUAGUGUAUGGCCCGCCGUUUAUUUGAAGUUUCUUAUUUUGCCUUAAAAAUGAGGAACUUUGCAUUUUAUUCUUAUGGCAUGUUUUUAUUUGUUUUCUUGAAAACGUUUGAAGCCACCGUUAAAUUAGUGCACCCUCUCAGGUGAACCAGGUCUUCUCCUGUGGCUUGAAGGCCUUUGCCCGCACCCCCUCCCCCGCCCGGAGUUUUACUUUGUACAGAACCGGUUUGAAAUAGGGAAAAACCAAAUUCUGACCCUAUCACUCAGUACCUAAACAGUAGUGGACUCUGUCUUAGCAAGCUGCCCAAGUCAACUGGUUACUAGUUUCAAGCUUUACCUAAGGCUUUGACGGCUUAGCAUGAGGCCGAAGUUUAGUCUCACUGAGCUAUUUUCAUGAUUGACCUGCUCUUGUCUGACCUAGUGAUGUUUGCCUUCACAUGCAGAGUGUAACAUUUUGGAUAUGCCUGUCUGGAAGCCACAGGAGCUUCUUUUUAUCAUGCGAGUAUAGUGUUUGGAUAAUUAAAGAAGAUUAUUUGAAGACUCCUUUUGGAAUCAAAUAGUAUGGAUCCCAGCAGUGACUACCAUUUCCUCAAUCAGAUUUUGUGGAGAAGGGUGAAACUCACAUUGGUUUGUGGCAUCUUUGAGGGAGUGCUCCAGCAUGUCGACCCUAACAAGAUCGUUGUCCUGAAGAAAGUAAAGAAUGUGGAGACUGGCCGAAGUGUCCCAGGCGUGAAGAUGUUUUUUGGGCAUGAGAUUGUGAAUGUGGAACUACUGGAUGAAAUGGAACAAGGUGCAGUGAGAGAAAAGGCAUCUUCUGUUAGUCUAAAUACAGAAAGAAUCAAGAUGGAUAAAAUGAAAGACGAGGACCUAAAUGCCUGUGAGCCUCCUUCUCCUGCCCCUGAGGCACCGACCACCCCUCUGCUGAAUGACCUCAAGUACAGCCUGUCAGAAGAAGAGGAGGUGACAUACACCGUCGUCGAUCAGUUCCAACAGAAGUUUGGUGCUGCAAUGCUCCACAUCAAGAAGCAGAGUGUCCUGAGUGUGGCAGCAGAAGGAACUAAUGUGUGUCGUCAUGGGAAACUAUGUUGGCUUCAGGUGGCCACAAAUAGCCGAGUUUACUUAUUUGACAUUUUCCUUCUGGGAAGUCGUGCUUUCAACAAUGGACUUCAGAUGGUAUUAGAAGACAAGAGAAUUUUGAAGGUUAUCCAUGAUUGUCGUUGGCUUUCCGAUUGCCUCUCUCAUCAGUAUGGAAUUUUGCUGAAUAAUGUCUUUGACACACAGGUCGCAGAUGUCUUUCAAUUUUCCGUGGAAACAGGCGGCUUUCUUCCAAACUGCAUCAGUACUUUACAGGAGAGUUUAAUCAGACACCUUAAAGUAGCCCCUAAAUAUCUCUGCUUUCUGGAAGAGAGACAAAAACUGAUUCGGGAAAAUCCAGAAGUGUGGUUCACACGACCUCUUUCACCUUCUUUACUGAAAAUUUUGGCCCUGGAAGCUACCUACCUGCUGCCCCUUCGCUUGGUACUCCUGGAUGCGAUGAUGUCUGACCUAACCUGCCUGGUGGACGGGUACCUGAACACCUACCGGGAAGGGUCCGCAGACCGGCUUGGAGGCAUGGAGCCUACAUGUAUGCAGCUUCCAGAGGAACUGCUUCAACUCAAGGACUUCCAGAAGCAGCGCAGAGAGAGAGCUGCAAAAGAGUAUAAGGUGAAUGCACAGGGACUCCUAAUAAGGACAGUGCUGCCUCCAAAGAAGUCAGUGACAGAGAGAGCAGGGAAAGAGGGGAAAGUAAGAGGUUUCUUACUUUGUGAAAAUUCUAGGCCAGAUAAAGCUCCAAAUUUUAUGUUUCACAAGGACGUAAAUUUGCUGAUAGAAGAAUCUAAGAGUAAACAAACUACAGUAGAACCUCAACAUCUGCCGCCCUUAAAGGAAGAAGCCAGUGAGGAUUCCAGUAACAAACUCACUUGCCCUGAGUCAGAGGGGUUGGAGGACCAGAAAAUAACUCAAAAAGAACACCUUGAGGUACCCAAACAGGAGUUUCAGACAAGUUUAUCUCUGAAAGAGGAGAUAGAACAGUUACUGACGAUGAAAAACAAGGAAGAUCUAAAAUGCGCAAAACAAGAUGUUUCCGUGUCUCCAUCCCUUCCUCAGGAAACCAGAGUGUCUCCAAGUGACACCUUUCCUCCUUUUAGAAAAGCCGUGCGUUCCACACUUCCUCCCUGUCCAGCCUUGGAGAAGACUGACUCCUGGAUAAACCCUUCUCCAAAUCUGCCUUAGAGAUCCGAAAUGUGUUCCUAAGGCCAUCAAGGUGGCUCAUUUCCCCUGCCAUCGGGGCCUUCCUCGGUGCUUAUGUUUCUCAUGUUGUAAAUUUAGUUAUGCCCCGAUGACAGGCUUCAGGGAAAGUUGUGUCCCCUUGCUUACUCCUGCAUUCCUGGAAUUUGAUUAGGAUGGGAAUGAAUAAGUUAAAUAACGGAAGAAGUAAAUUUUCUGAUUAUGUCACUGUGCAGAAAUGUUCCCAGUGGCCAGAGUGAAUUAUUUCUUAUAAUUUUGGUUUGGAGGAUUUGAAGAAGAAAAAAAUGUUGGGCUUAGUAUCUGAAAGAAUUUAUACUUUUAAAAUUUUGCUGUGUUUUUUGGUUUGAAGGAGGUCAGUAAAACUCUUAGCCAUAAGUUUAAAAAAAUUGGUACCUGACAAUUUUACCAGUACUUUUUUCCUUUUUAAAAUGGUAUUAACUUUAUCAAUUAUACCUCAGUAAAGCUGAAAAAAAUAUUAGCUUUAUUUUUUAAUUUUGAAUGUUUUGUCUAACAAAUAUUAUUAUAGGAAUCAAUAUCCCAGUUUUAAUUUCUUUUCAUUCUAUUUACUUUUAGAAGAUUUUGUCUGUUUUCCUAACAAAGGAGGGAUUUGAGUAUGUCUAUUACAUAAACUUGAAGUUUGGAUUCUACUCUAUCUGCCUGGAGUUAGUGUACUUUCUUAGGGUGAAAGGAAGGCAGCUUGUACUGAGCCUUUUUUUAAUGAAUGCUUGCAAGUUGCUCACAUUCUUCUGUGUAAAAUGACCAAUAAACCUGUUUUGGCAUUAGGUUCUCUCUCAUUUUUCUUCAUUGGGUCAAGGUAAGAAAUAAAUUGGAAUAUGUCUGAA